UCUCAGCAUGUAUUUUCAAUACCAUUACAUUCAUUUCCUUACUUGGGUUAACAUAAUCAAAACAGUUUGAUAUAUUUCUUAGUUUUACAUUUUGUGAUUUUCAUUCAAAACUUUUUAUAACUAUGAAAUUCUUAAUAAUCUUCGCUGUCUAUUUAAUUGCCGCCACCUUAGCCGCACCGCAACAAUCACCCUACGCCUUUAAACAAGGAACUCAAAUACAGUUGGCUUCAAGAUUCUUAUCAGAAGACGACCGUGAUGCCAGAGUCAAUGGAAUUGAUCUGGCUAGUCGUUUUCUUGAUGAAACAACUAACGAACCAAUACCCGUGGAUGCAAGAGGCGAUGUACAAUUAAUUAAACAAAUUGAAAAUUGGCCAAAGGAAAAACAGCCAUUCUGGUAUUUAAAUCGGAAACAAAUUGAAGCUGCUCGUUCGCGACCACAAGUACAACCAGUUGUUCGUACGAGAUCCUCGUUUGCUUCAGUGAAUGGCAAUGAUCAAUUACGUACUUAAACAAUAAAUUUUCAACAACAAAAAAAGUAUUGUUAAACCUUGUAUUAAGUUUUUGUGAUAUUAUUUCUAUUGUUAUUAGUUGUAUAGAAUAUAUUUGCAUUUU